AAUGAAAAUCUAAACCAAUAAAAAAUUCAAUCUUUUUCACAAUUAUCGAUCAUCGAAAUCAAGAAAAUCUUGAUUUGAAUUCUUUCCGAUGAAACUCCUUCGGUAUCCACCACUAACCUUCUUCCCUUUCUCCACUCCCUUAACUUCAAAACCUUUCUUCAAACCCAUCAAAGUCUCCGUCUCCGUUCAAACUCCUCCGCCGGACUUCGAUUUCCGAAACGAAAUCGCGUCGGACUCACGCGCUGCAAUUGCUAAAACUUUCCCGGAGUUGCUUGACCUCGCCGAUAACGGGACUUUGAUUCUUGUCCAGAAACAGUGUUUUGGUCCUGUUCCAGCUUGGCGCAAAGAGUUCGUUGAGCCAGAAGCGAUUUGGCUUGUGGGUACUUCUCAUAUCUCGCCGGAAUCUGCUUCCGUCGUUGAACGCGUCGUCCGUACGGUGAAACCUGAUAAUGUCGCCGUCGAGCUCUGUCGUAGCAGGAAAGUUUAUUUCUUUAUCCAGUUGAAUUUAGGAGCUGGGAUUAUGUACACUUCGAGUGUUGAAGGAGAGGUAGACCAAAACUUAAAAUCCGGUGUGUUGUCGUUGACGGGGACUGGAUUUCUCGGUGCUGUUGGCCGGAGUUUAGACUUGGGAGGCCAAACUGCGUUGGCUUUGCGACUUCUCUUGGCGGUUUUCUCUUCUAAGUUAUCUUCUGUUGCUGACCGACCUUUUGGUGAUGAGUUUCGUGCAGCUCGGAAAGCUUCUGAGGAAGUUGGUGCGCAGCUAGUUCUUGGAGACCGACCUAUCGAAAUAACACUCCAAAGGGCUUGGAACUCUUUGAAAUGGGGAGAGAAGUUUAAUCUGGUAAUGGCUGUGACUCGGGCAAUCACAUCGUCAUCGGGUAUAUCCGCAGCCGAGCUUAAGGAACAAGAGACCGAUGAAAGCAAUGGAAGUUUGCAGCUUUAUGAACGGCUUAGUUUCUCAUACCCAUCACUCCUACUGCCUCUGAUACACGAAAGAGACACCUAUCUAGCUUGGUCAUUGAAGAGAAGUAAGGCAGUGAACGGGUGUAAAACAGUAGUGGGAGUAAUCGGAAAAGGACACAUGAAUGGUGUCAUCUACGCAUUGGUGUCAGACUCCGGGGAUCUCCGGUUUAGAGACUUAGUAGGAAGAAGAGAUUCAACUGAUGGUGUUACUACAUCGAAUGGUUGGAUUCAAAAGGUUGUUGACAGUAGCUGUAUCGUUUCUGUGGUCUAUUUUGUAGGAAACAUGAAGCCUGUCUUUUGCGGGAACUUUGAGUAUGAUGCUCGUGAGAGUGAUCUUGAGCGGCUUUUCAAACGAUACGGCAAGGUUGAGAGGGUUGAUAUGAAAGCUGGGUUUGCUUUUGUCUAUAUGGAAGAUGAAAGAGAUGCUGAAGAUGCCAUCCGAGCGCUUGAUCGCUUCGAAUAUGGCCGCACGGGACGCAGACUCCGUGUUGAGUGGACAAAGAAUGACCGUGGAGGUGCUGGAAGAUCAGGUGGUUCGAGGAGAUCAUCGUCUGGCAUGAGACCUUCCAAGACUCUGUUUGUGAUCAACUUUGAUGCACAGAACACUAGGACUCGGGACUUGGAGAGACACUUUGAGCCAUAUGGAAAAAUUGUUAAUGUUAGAAUCAGAAGGAAUUUUGCAUUUAUCCAAUAUGAGUCACAAGAAGAUGCCACCAGAGCACUGGAUGCUACAAAUUCAAGUAAGCUGAUGGAUAAGGUGAUCUCAGUGGAGUAUGCAGUGAAAGAUGAUGAUUCGAGAGGGAAUGGGUACAGUCCUGAAAGACGGCGUGAUAGGUCACCUGAUAGGAGAAGGCGGUCACCUAGUCCUUACAGAAGAGAAAGAGGCAGUCCUGACUAUGGCCGAGGAGCUAGUCCAGUAGCUCACAAAAGGGAAAGGACUAGUCCUGAUUAUGGUCGAGGACGUCGCAGCCCCAGCCCUUACAAGAGAGCCAGGCUUAGCCCAGAUUACAAGAGGGAUGACCGUAGGAGGGAGAGAGUGGCUAGUCCAGAGAAUGGAGCUGUGAGGAACCGGAGUCCAAGAAAAGAACGUGGUGAAAGCAGGAGUCCUCCGCCAUAUGAGAAGAGGAGGGAGAGCAGGAGCCCUCCUCCAUACGAGAAGAGGAGGGAUAGCAGGAGUCCUCCUCCAUAUGAGAAGAGGAGGGAGAGAUCAAGGUCAAGGUCGAAGUCAAGCCCUGAGAAUGGUCAAGUUGAAAGCCCGGGACAAAUAAUGGAAGAAGAAGCAGGAAGAGGAUACGAUGGUGCAGACAGCCCGAUACGCGAGAGCAGCCCCUCUCGUUCGCCUCCAGCAGAGGAAUGAUUGGAGAUGCAGACAGAUGAUUGUGUUGGAUUCACAAACAAAAGAUGUCUCUCAAAGUAGCUGUAUCUGAAACUCAAGUGUUUUGUUAUGUCAUGUUUAGUAUUUUAGUGUGGUCUUUUGGGUCUUUUGUUAAGUGCUUUUGUAAACUUUAUUAUGACUCCAUUCGAAAUCGCUUGUCGUAGUAUUUGGUUAAAAAAUUGCUUUUUAUUUU